AUGACCGACUACGAGCGCAUCUCGCGACAGGCCGAGACAGACCUGAGCACACCUCAAGCCUACGGCAACAACCGCAACCCUGGAAUCACCGACGCCGGGGUUGACAGCAAGGUCGAGAAGAAGUUCCCCUCAGCCAAUGUCGCCACUGGCGAUGAAUUGAGUACCAAUGCCGGCUUCAACAAGCGUAUCCCACCUAGCGAGGGUGGUGAGCUGGAUGACCAUGGAAGGCAAACUCGUGGCGAGCAUUUCGAAGGCCGAGGUGGGCCGGAGCAUAUCAGCAAACAGAAGCCCGGCGGCGACAACGACAACGACGUGGUGUCCGCCCGAGUUCCCCAGGUACAUGGAGAGGGUAGCGUGAAUGACAUUGCCACCCAGGGCAAGACUGCUGCCAUCCACAAUGUCGGCACCAAGCCGCCUGGGCCGGGUGGACAGAAAUACCCUGCCGACGACUAUUACGUCCCCGAGAGCGUCCCCGACAGCAUUUCUGCCGAGGGGAAUGUCGCGCCCGAGAGCGUGGUGCAGGCUAGCGGUGAGGCAGAGCAUCCCGACAGCUACGGACCUGUUAAGAAAUGA